AUGCCGCCAGUAUCUGCCAAGAGCAUCCCCUGGGUCGAACUGUACCGUCCCAAGAACCUCGAUCAAGUGUCACAUCAAGUGGAAGUAGUGGCCACCCUCAAAAAGGCUGUUGAGACAGGACAACUUCCACAUCUCCUUCUGCAUGGAUCACCAGGGAGCGGAAAAACAUCUGUGGCUUUGGCAUUGUGCAAACAACUCUAUCAUCCCUCCCAACUCAAACGACGAGUGUUGGAACUGAAUGCCAGCGAUGAACGAGGAAUCUCAGUGGUACGCCACAAAAUCAAACAAUUUGCCAGUCUCACUGUGGGAGGUGGGAGCAGGUCGUCUGCCAGCAACAAGAUGAAAUCGUGCUUUUUGGUAAAGAACAAGGAAGAGGACGAAAAGAUGGAUGAAGGAGAGGACACCAAAAGUUAUCCCAAUCCACCCUUCAAAAUCAUUAUUCUUGAUGAAGCUGACGCUGUCACACCAGAUGCCCAGGCAGCAUUACGACGAAUUAUUGAAGCAUAUUCCAACAUCACACGAUUCAUACUGAUCUGCAACUAUGUGUCUCGCAUUAUUGAACCGGUUGCAAGUCGAUGUGCCAAAUUCCGCUUUCAAAGUCUUCCCGUGGACAGCAUGAAACAACGACUGCACGAUAUCGCAUCCCACGAAGGAUUGACAGUCAAGGAUGAUAUCAUUGACGAGGUUUUGAAACUAUCCAAUGGAGACAUGCGUGUCUUUGAUGCUCUUUGGGAAGACAUUUGGUCGGGUGAAAUCGCGCGGGUGCAAAAGACUGUGGACGCUGUUUGUGCCGACGGCUUUUCUGCCCAGUUUUUGCUCGAUGGCUUGACCGACAAAGUGGUGUUCAGCAACAAAAUCAAUGAUAGGGCCAAGGCUACCAUAGCCAUCAAGAUUGCCGAGGCCGAAAAGAUGAUGAUUGAUGGUGCAGAUGAAUGCCUCCAAUUGAUGAAUGUCUGCAGUCAUGCCUUGACUGCUGUGGCCACUUCAAAGAAAUGA